CCCAGAGACCAGCCCAGACUGAUUCAGAGCAGCCAGACAGGCAGCGCGUUGUGCAUCCAGAGAGGUGGAGAGGCGAGCAGGGCCACAGCCGGAGGGAGACUCAUGGGCUAUGGGGGCCAUGGUGACCUAGCGUAAAUGGCUAUUCCUCAGCACAGCUUGGUGCCAGUGUCUGCUGCUCAACCCUACUCCUCCCCCUUUCUCUCCUCCUCCUCCUCCUGUGUCCCUGCCCCCUGCUGUGCCCCAUUGCUGUUCGUCCCUGGCACUGCCUUCUGCUCUGCCCCGGCACUGCCCCUGUCGUGCUGCAGCCAUGGUGGCCAGCCUGUGGAAGCUGGUGCGGGGCGUCAGGCAACUGGAGCUCCAUCGCCUCAUCUUGGCGCUCAUCGUCUUCUGCCUCCUCUCCAUGGCCUUCCUGGCCUACUACGUCAGCAACAGCCCCAAGAUCAAGGAGGCCCCCCCGCUGCCCUUCGGUGACUGUCGGGGGGUGCCGGCGGCUGUAGGAGGUGGAGGUGGGCAGCAGGCGCCCCUCUUCCUGCCUCACUCGGGUCGGCUGCGCCAGGUGAAGGCCAUGGACAACUCUCGUACGGACCCAGUGGUGCUGGUGUUUGUAGAGAGCAUCUACUCUCAGCUGGGCCAGGAGAUCGUAGCCAUCCUUGAGUCCAGCCGCUUCAGCUACCGCACCGAGAUCGCCCCGGGGAAGGGAGACAUGCCCACGCUGACGGAGCGCAACCGCGGCCGCUACGCCCUGGUCAUCUACGAGAAUUUGCUGAAGUACGUCAACCUGGACGCCUGGAACCGCGACCUGCUGGACAAGUACUGUGUGGAGUACAGUGUAGGCAUCAUCGGCUUCUUCAAGGCCAAUGAGAACUCACUGCUCAGCGCCCAGCUUAAGGGCUUCCCGCUCUUCCUGCACUCCCACCUGGGCCUGAGGGACUACCGCAUCAACCACAACGCACCUCUGCUCUACAUCACCAGACCAAACGAGGUGGAGCAGGGCCCCCUGCCCGGGGACGACUGGACCGUGUUCCAGUCCAACCACUCCACUUACGAGCCUGUCCUCCUGGCCAGCACCAAGUCCUCUGACGCCCUGGCCCACCUGGGGCCGCUCAGUGCUAUGCACGCCACUGUGGUCCAGGACCUGGGGCUCCACGACGGCAUCCAGAGGGUCCUGUUUGGAAACAACCUGUCCUACUGGCUGCACAAGCUGGUGUUUGUGGAUGCCAUCGCCUACCUGACGGGCAAGCGGCUCUGCCUCUCGCUGGAGCGCCACUUGCUGGUGGACGUGGAUGAUAUCUUUGUGGGCAAGGAGGGCACCCGCAUGAAGGUGACCGACGUAGAGGUGGGUUCACACUCUCUCUUUCUUUCUCUCACACACUCCCUCACUGCUGUCACAGUAGGCCUGUAUGUGUGGCUCAAUUACUCUGCCUACUGUAGGUACACUGUCAGUGGUAAUUAAGAUUGUAUAAAGAUGUAUUAUUAAGGACGCAUAAAAACUAAAUAGGCUAUUCCAAAGAGGACGAUUAUUCAGCCUGUUACCUUAACAAGUAUAGAUGUUUCUGUUAAAGCAACCUUGUGAUUUACCACUUAGUCUUUAGGAAAGUGCUUCUUUCCUACUCCGCGCAUCAUGGGACACAUAUUGAUUUCCAAUGGGAUUCUCCAUAAUGUGUGACUUGCUUCUAAGGCAAGGCCUAACAAAGGCUAGCAUUUAUUAGGAUGAAUCUCAACAGGAUUUGUGUGUUCUGCCAUUAGUCUCUUAAGUAUUUUAUCUGGUUGUUAGCAUGCUACUGUGUCUAAUAGGCCUGAUUUUACUUGUGUUCACUUCACUUUGAGAAAACCACCACUGGACGACUUUAAGCCUUUUCCAGUCUUAACCAAAGCCUCAUUUGAAGUGACAAAAACAGAUGCGUGAGAGUCUCCAGUACAUCACAGCUCUCAUAAUGGGUUUUCUCUACCCUCUCUAUAGCUGAACACACUUAACCCGCGUCAGCAGUUUGCAAUGCAGAAAAGCGAGCCACGUCGCCUGGAGGGCCACUCUGACAAAUGCAUCAAACUAAAUUAACACAAUUAAUGGGAAAUAUUAGGAGGAUUAAUUAGGCUUUUGCACUGACAACAGGGAUGUAGUUUAGAGAGUAAUAGGUAGCGGGACAAGGGGGCGAACUUGUCGCUUCAGCAAAAAGGGACCUGGUCGCUCCGAGCGUGUCGCCUUCCCCGGGAGUGAAAGGGGGCGGGCGAGGUGGAGUGCUCCCAUGAGUCAAUCAGCAAGUUAAUGAGCCUGUCAUCAAUUCAGCCUGACAAGGUUUGAACCAGGCGGUUGCAUAAGUAAGGGCAUAUGGAGGGAGAAAAGUACUGUUGGCACCGCCACAGUGUUUAGUCAUCACACCACCGAUGAGACGUUUCGGGUUAAUUGCUCUUGUGGAAAUUGUAUGACUAAUAGACCAUUUGAUGUUUCAGGCAGCCAAGACAGGUACAUGCAUGCUCUUGAGGCCAUCGCUUAACAGAGAAAACAACAUUACAUUACAGGGAUAUGUAUUCAUUGUGGAGCACAGAAUAGAACAGCCAAGGAAGUGUAGUCAGAAGAAUGGCCCAUUUAGAUUUUUUCACCUCAAUCUUCUGAACAGAAGUGGUCCUCCCUGAAAGGAAUUAGCCUGCUUGGUCUCUAGAGAAUCAAGUCAAUGGAACCUCUUACCGCUUUCUAAUGUGUUAAAGAUGCUGAAAUAUAUUAGAUGACUUUUCAAAUAAUGUUUUCACAAGGGCUGGGAAUUGCCAGGGACCUCAUGAUAAUAUCACAAUACUUAAGUGCCAAUACGUUAUACACUGCUCAAAAAAAUAAAGGGAACACUAAAAUAACACAUCCUAGAUCUGAAUGAAUGAAAUAAUCUUAUUAAAUACUUUUUUCUUUACAUAGCUGAAUGUGCUGACAACAAAAUCACACAAAUUAUCAAUGGAAAUCAAAUUUAUCAACCCAUGGAGGUCUGGAUUUGGAGUCACCCUCAAAAUUAAAGUGGAAAACCAUACUACAGGCUGAUCCAACUUUGAUGUAAUGUCCUUAAAACAAGUCAAAAUGAGGCUCAGUAGUGUGUGUGGCCUCCACGUGCCUGUAUGACCUCCCUACAACGCCUGGGCAUGCUCCUGAUGAGGUGGCGGAUGGUCUCCUGAGGGAUCUCCUCCCAGACCUGGACUAAAGCAUCCGCCAACUCCUGGACAGUCUGUGGUGCAACGUGGCGUUGGUGGAUGGAGCGAGACAUGAUGUCCCAGAUGUGCUCAAUUGGAUUCAGGUCUGGGGAACGGGCGGGCCAGUCCAUAGCAUCAAUGCCUUCCUCUUGCAGGAACUGCUGACACACUCCAGCCACAUGAGGUCUAGCAUUGUCUUGCAUUAGGAGAACCCAGGGCCAACCGUACCAGCAUAUGGUCUCACAAGGGGUCUGAGGAUCUCAUCUCGGUACCUAAUGGCAGUCAGGCUACCUCUGGCGAGCACAAGGAGGGCUGUGCGGCCCCCCAAAGAAAUGCCACCCCACACCAUGACUGACCCACCGCCAAACCGGUCAUGCUGGAGGAUGUUGCAGGCAGCAGAACGUUCUCCACGGCGUCUCCAGACUCUGUCACGUGCUCAGUGUGAACCUGCUUUCAUCUGUGAAGAGCACAGGGCGCCAGUGGCGAAUUUGCCAAUCUUGGUGUUCGCUGGCAAAUGCCAAACGUCCUGCACGGUGUUGGGCUGUAAGCACAACCCCCACCUGUGGACGUCGGGCCCUCAUACCACCCUCAUGGAGUCUUUUUCUGACCGUUUGAGCAGACACAUGCACAUUUGUGGUCUGCUGGAGGUCAUUUUGCAGGGCUCUGGCAGUGCUCCUCCUGCUCCUCCUUGCACAAAGGCGGAGGUAGCAGUCCUGCUGCUGGGUUGUUGCCCUCCUAUGGCCUCCUCCACAUCUCCUGAUGUACUGGCCUGUCUCCUGGUAGCGCCUCCAUGCUCUGGACACUACGCUGACAGACACAGCAAACCUUCUUGCCACAGCUCCCAUUGAUGUGCCAUCCUGGAUGAGCUGCACUACCUGAGCCACUUGUGUGGGUUGUAGACUCCGUCUCAUGCUACCACUAGAGUGAAAGCACCGCCAGCAUUCAAAAGUGACCAAAACAUCAGCCAGGAAGCAUAGGAACUGAGAAGUGGUCUGUGGUCACCACCUGCAAAACCAGUCCUUUAUUGGGGGUGUCUUGCUAAUUGCCUAUAAUUUCCACCUGUUGUCUAUUCCAUUUGCACAACAGCAUGUGAAAUGUAUUGUCAAUCAGUGUUGCUUCCUAAGUGGACAGUUUGAUUUCACAGAAGUGUGAUUGACUUGGGAUUACAUUGUGUUGUUUAAGUGUUCCCUUUAUUUUUUUGAGCAGUAUAUAUUGCGAUUCUCACUAUUCUACAUGUAUUGCGAUUCGAUACUGGGAUUUUGUGAUUUGAUGUUCCAAACAUAUUGCUCACUAUUUGUCUGCUGCAGAGAGACAGAAUCGAGCAUUAGAAAAUUAGUUUUGAUCAGUCAUGUAAAUAAGUGCUGAAAACAUGUUGGCUCACUAUUUACAAAGAAGAUGGAGAACAAGCUAUAGGAUGAAAAAUACCAGCGUUUUAGCGCAGGUACAGCCGACUAGCGAAAGCCAAUGCUACCUAGCAACAAAAAAAAACUAUUUUCCACCACAGUAUAUUGAUCCGGACAGUUGUCUUGUGCAGCAUUAAGCUAUUGCCAUUUGAAGUGAAAUCACCUAAAUUCUCUACUAAAGUGGGUGUAAAAAGCAUGUUAAACAUGAAUGGCUCUUCAGGGACCAUGUUACUCACCUGUAGUUCAUUGCAAACGACCAUGUUGAUCCUAUUAACAUUUGAGGUGUGACAAAGUGGUUAAAUUGCAUUUUUUUUCCGCCUGCCCUGACAUGGUGUAAAACAUUGUGGUCGUUGCCAUGUAGGCUCGACUUUAUUUACCUCAGUGUUGUCUAACUACCACUACCACCUGGCCUCUGGUUGAGCAAAGCAGCUUUAAUCACCUCAAGCAGUUGUGAGGCGAGUAGCAGGGCACAAACAAGGCAUGGCUAAUGGACCACUAAUCUUGUUUAUUAUUCUCACUCUGGGUGCAGCCUCAACACUGCACUGACUCUUAAGCACUAAAGCUGAUUUCCACACACACACACACACACACACACACAGACCACGCACAUACAUGCAUACCCACGUUCACUUUUCUAUGGUAUGUUAGAUACGGUUGACUCCUGCAUCUCCACUAUAUUCUACUUGCUUUAGAUGGUUGAAUUAACAUGCAGUGCCCUUGGAGUGCUGCCAUAAUCACUCUGGUUGGAUGGGUACUCGCUCACUUUAGCAUCUCAAACAGGCAUUUCUAUAUCUCUGUCCAUAGGUAAAUGGCAGCUGAUGUUUGUCAUUGACCAUGUUCUCUCAUCCUCCUCCUAUAAUGCAGGCCUGGGCCAGGUAGGAGUCCUGGACAUGUUGAUGGCAUAGGACAGGGGUUCCCAAACCUUUUCACUCUGGGGCCCCCCUUCCAGCAUUGGGGAACACCACUAUUUCUAUGGGCACAAGCACUGUUUAUGACAAACUGUUCACACUCCUCUUGUUGGUGCAGGUUUAAAGCUUAUUUCCUGCAAUUGUACACAUUUUGUCAUGGGGUGCAAAGAAAAUAUUACAGUUUUAAAGCAAAUUGUCUUGCAAUUCCAUACAUUUUGGCGUGUCUAAUGUGUAAUCAUGUGAUAUUUGAGUGACAAAAAAAUUACAACAAUAUCUAUGGGCAAAAAUAUAUAUAUAUAUAUAUAAAAACGUUAGCUGACAUUUCUGACAAGUUAUAAAUAGCUCUCUAAGGUAUGCAAUGACUAACAUGACUGAUAAUGCACCACCCAAUUUCGAAAUUGCACUUUGUGCAUUCUGGGGGGGGGGGAUCCCCGUACCCCCGUCGACCCCUGGGGCGCACCCCACAGUUUGGGAACCACUGGUCUAGGGUAUGGUCAGUCAAUGCCCAGAGGCUUGAGUCAGAUCAUCACUGCAGGGUGAGGCUUUUAAGCCAGCCCGGGCAUUCACAAUGUCCUUCGAUUUUGUUUCUAAAGACAUGGAAAAAUUAAAGGAUAUUGAGGUCAGUGAUCUGUAGGCAUCCAUUUGAUAAGGCAAUCGAAGAGGAAAUACAAAGAGCUCUUCUCACCUCCUUGUCGGCUCUCUGUACUCGGCACAGACGGUGAAGAUCAGUUGCCAUGGUGACUGACUAACUAGGGCACCUGACCGACCCUUAUGCCCCCACCCCUCUGUCUGUCUGCCCUUCUGCCCACCCCAGCCCUCCUUACCCUGACCCCUCUUUACCAGGCUGGCACAAAGGUAAGUGUGGGCCCACAGGACAUCAACUAGGCAUUUGCUCCAUACCACAUCCCCCUGUCCAGUAGCCCCUCUCUCCCUUCUUCUCAGUAACACUGAAGGCCUUUUGAAAGACGAUCGGUUGUUGUGGUGCUGGAAGAGACAGUUCAGUUACUGAUCACUGCAUGUCAUCAGACAUGAAUUAUCGCUUGAUGUGUCUGUGGGGACGCUCUUGUCUCUCCAUCAGCAAACCUCAGGUCCUAGGCAGCCAAUACUGAGACAUGGAUCAUAUUGCGCACACACACACACAGACCGCACACACACACACACAGACCGCACACACACACACACACACAGACCGCACACACACACACAGACAACCCAAACACUCACACACACUCAUCCUAAUCGGCAAGGAAAACAAAGUGUGUGCACACAUGCUCAAGGACAUCAGUCCCCCUUUAAAUAAGUCAGCGAUUGCAUCUCUUAUCAGGUACAGCCGCUAUCGCUCUCUCCGAGGUAAAGUGCAGCUCUGGGUUGAUUUGUGGAGGCAGAGUAGCUAUCUCUUUUCCAUCCUAUGAGUUGUGUACGGAUGCUGCUGUAAUCAUCUGAUAUAGCUGAUAAAGUGUGAAGGUUUGGGGAAUUUGUUGAACAGGACUCUGUGGGUUUGCUUUGCAAUCCCAUUCCAAAAUGUACAAUAAUCCCAACAUGUGCUCAUUCUUUCACCCUUGUGGCAACCGUAGAUAUGGUUCUGUUUUUAUUCCAUGUCCUCCCACUGUCUGCAUUCUUGACUUGAAUGAUGCAUCUGCAUUUUGUUAUGUCCAAGAGUUAUUUCACCAUCUAGUGGUUAAGAAAACAAUAAUAAAAACAACAUUAUAGUUUUUAAAGCUAAUAACUGCAAUUGUGAAUAUAAUUCACAUUCCUCUGUCAUGUCGUCGUUUGCAGGCCUUGCUCAAUACUCAAAACAAGCUGCGAACGCUGGUCCCUGAUUUCACCUUCAACCUCGGCUUCUCUGGAAAGUUCUACCACACAGGUGAGAGAGCAUCUCGAAGUGAAAACACAAAACAUACCCUGUGCUAGACAAUCUCACUGUAGAUUUUGAGUUGGAUAGUGUCAUUGAGAAACUCCCCGUACCCAUCAUUCCCUCCCCUCUCCUCCCUCCCCUCUGCUUCCUUUCCCUCCCCCUCCAGGCACAGAUGAGGAGGACCGGGGAGAUGACAUGCUGCUAAGACACAGAAAGGAGUUCUGGUGGUUCCCCCACAUGUGGAGUCACAUGCAGCCCCACCUGUUCCACAACGUCAGUGUGCUGGCUGAACAGAUGAGGCUCAACAUGCUGUUUGCCCAGGUGAGUGGGCCUCCAGUCUGUCGAUACCAAACAUCCUAAUCAUACAAUAACUCUCUAGUAAGAUGUAUGCUGUAGUUAUGGCCGUGUUGAUCCAGAUGGUGAGUGGUAAUUGGAUUCCUGGAUGCUGGACAUUGUAGAUGUUUCCUUGCUCGCGAUUACAUUGGCAUUUCAGAUGCACAAUAAACCACUGUAACAUGGCUCCCAGACAUUGGUGCUAAAGAUGCCCCGAAGGCUGCCUUGUUGAUGUAGUGAGUGGCAUUGGGAGUCAGGGGCCUGGGCCCAGCGAGCAGACGGUGUCAGUGGAUGUGUGUGUGAGGUGAAUACCAACCAACACCACGUCCCCUCUCAGUAAUCCCUGCUGCCAUACAGCUGUCCUUGCUGGCUGACAGUGACGGACGGAAUUUCUGAGUGGUCAGGGGAGAGAGGGUCCUUCAAACAGCUCUCCUUAGCUUCUCCUUAGCAAGGAUACACCGUCUCAACUGAGCUGAACAAACACCAGUCCCUUAUGCAUUCCCAACACUGUGUUCUGCCAGCGAGGGGCACAGUGGCACGGUACCACCAUACAUUGAGUUUUGGAUGCAUUUUUGUUAGUCUCUAAAGGAUGUAGGCUCCUGCUGAGCUUCCUGACUGUUUCUUAUUUAGCAGUUUGUGGAGUGGUCUGUGGACAGAGCAGGGCUAUGUUGCCCUCCAGUGGAGGAGCUGCACAUUCUUUUUUUCUGCUGCGUGUUUGUUUUGAAGCAGACGGUGACUCAUUCAUGGUUCAAUACAAUUGCCAUUUCAUCACGUUUGUUAUUGCAAUUUGUUCUGGGUGUCCUCUCCUGUCCCUAGACACUACUAACAUCCAUCUGUCUCUCACUCUCUCUUCCUGUCCAGGAGCAUGGAAUCCCUACAGACAUGGGCUAUGCUGUGGCCCCCCACCACUCGGGGGUCUACCCUGUCCACAGCCAGCUGUAUGAGGCCUGGAAGUCAGUGUGGGGCAUCAAGGUGACCAGCACAGAGGAGUACCCCCACCUCAGACCUGCCCGCUACCGCAGGGGAUUCAUCCACAGUGGCAUCCAGGUCAGUCUAUUGUUAGUCAUGGCAGUCAAUCUGUUUAUUAAGUGAUGCUAGAAAUAGCAAAUCAUUCAGGGGUUAAAGUACACUACAUGGCCAAAAGGACACCCCUUCAAAUUAGUGGCUUCGGCUAUUUCAGCCACACCCGUUGCUGACAGGUGUAUAAAAUCGAGCAUACAGCCAUGCAAUCUCCAUAGACAAACAUUGGCAGUAGAAUGGCCCGUACUGAAGAGGUCAGUGACUUUCAACAUGGCACCGUCAUAGGAUGCCACCUUUCCAACAAGUUCGUCAAAUGUCUGCCCUGCUAGAGCUGCCCCGUCAACUGUAAGUGCUGUUAAUGUGAAGUGGAAACAUCUAGGAGCAACAACGGCUCAGCCGCAAAGUAGUAGGCCACACAAGCUCACAGAACGGGACCGCAGUGCUGAAGCGCGUUGUGCUUAAAAAUCGUCUGUCCUCGGUUGCAACACUCACUACCGAGUUCCAAACUGCCUCUGGAAGCAACGUCAGCACUAUUCGUCGGGAGCUUCAUGAAAUGGGUUUCCAUGGCUGAGCAGCCACACACAAGCCUAGCAUCACCAUGUGCGAUGCCAAGCAUCGGCUGGAGUGGUGUAAAGCUCGCCGCCAUUGGACUCUGGAGCAGUGGAAACGCGUUCUCUGGCGUGAUGAAUCACACUUCACCAUCUGGCAGUCCGACGGACGAAUCUGGGUUUGGCGGAUGCCAGGAGAACGCUACCUGCCCGAAUGCAUAGAUAGUGACAACUGUAAAGUUUGGUGGAGGAGGAAUAAUGGUCUGGGGCUGUUUUUCAAUGGUUCGGGCUAGGCCCCUUAGUUCCAGUGAAGGGAAAUCUUAAUGCUACAGUAUCCAAUUACAUUCUACACGAUUCUGUGCUUCCAACUUUGUGGUAACAGUUAGGGGAAGGCCCUUUCUUGUUUCAGCAUGACAAUGCCCCCGUGCACAAAGCGAGGUCCAUACAGAAAUGGUUUGUCGAGAUUGGUGUGGAAGAACUUGACUGGCCUGCACAGAGCCCUGACCUCAACCCCAUCGAACACCUUUGGGAUGAAUUGGAACACCGACUGCGAGCCAGGCCUAAUCGCCCAACAUCAGUGCCCGACCUCACUAAUGGUUUUGUGGCAGCAAUGUUCCAACAUCUAGUGGAAAGCCUUGCCAAAAGAGUGGAGGCUGUUAUAGCAGCAUAUGGGGGACCAACUCCAUAUUAAUGCCCAUGAUUUUGAAAUGAGAUGUUCAGGUGUCCACAUACUUUUGAUCAUGUAAUGUAUAAUUAAAUAGAUGUCCUUCCAAAAUAUUAUAAUUAAGGAUGUUAAAAAGCAGCUUUUCUGCUUUUCUGCCUCUGCUUGGCCUGUUAGGAAACAACAGAGUGGUUUGGGUGUAUGCUAAUAUUAGCUAACUAUAUAUAAAUGCCUGGAGCAUUUCAAUUUUGGAGAAUCUCUUAUAAAAUGGGUCAAAAUCAUGUAUAGUAACCCUAGGUGUAAAAUAGUAAAUAAUGGCUAUUUCUCAGAAAGUUUUAAACUGUCAAGAGGAGUGAAACAAGGUUGUCCACUAUCGGCAUAUCUAUUUAUUGUGGCCAUCGAGAUGUUAGCUAUUAAAAUCAGAUCCAAUAAUAAUAUCAGAGGAUUAGAAAUACAGGGCUUAAAAACAAAGGUGUCAUUGUACGCUGAUGAUUCAUGUUUUCUUUUAAAUCCACAACUAGAAUCCCUCCACAGCCUCAUAGAGGAUCUAGAUACAUUUUCUAACCUCUCUGGAUUACAAGCAAAUUAUGACAAAUGUACUAUAUUGCGUAUUGGAUCACUAGAAAAUACAAUUUUUACAUUACCAUGUAGUUUACCAAUAAAAUGGUCUGAUGGUGAUGUGGAUAUACUCGGAAUACAUAUCCCAAAGGAAAUAAAUGAUCUCACUUCAAUAAAUUUGAAUAGAAAGUUAGCAAAAAUAGAUAAGAUCUUACUACCAUGGAAAGGAAAAUACCUGUCAAUUUGUGGAAAAAUCACCCUGAUUAAUUAUUUAAUAUUAUCCCAGUUUACCUAUUUGCUUAUGGUUUUGCCUACGCCUAGCGAACAGUUUUUUAAAAUUAUAUGAGAAAAAAAUAUUCAAUUUUAUUUGGAACGGCAAGCCAGACAAAAUUAAAAGAGCAUAUUUAUAUAAUGAAUAUGAAUUCGGAGGACAGAAAUUAUUAAAUAUUAAAGCAUUAGACCUAUCACUAAAAGCUUCAGUCAUACAAAAGUUAUACUUAAAUCCGAACUGGUUCUCAAGCAAAUUAGUAAGAUUGUCUCACCCAAUGUUCAAGAAAGGCCUUUUUCCCUUUAUUCAGUUUCCAACCUCUCACUUUCAGUUAUUUGAAAAGGAAAUAAUCUCCCAAAUGUCACUAUUUCUAAAACAAGCCAUAGAAAGUUGAUUGCAAUUUCAAUUUAAUCCUCCAGAAACGACAGAACAAAUAAUGCAACAAAUAUUGUGGUUAAAUUCAAAUAUACUAAUUGACAAAAAACCUUUAUUUUUUGACAGAAUGUUUAACAAAUGUAUAAUCUUCGUAAAUGAUAUCAUCGGUAGGACUGGUGGAGUUAUGUCGCACAUGCAGCUAACAAAAACAUAUGGAAAUGUCGGCUCUACCCAAAAUUACAACCAAAUAAUUGCAGCCUUACCGCAAAAGUGGAAGAGGAAAGUGGAAGGGGGAUAAAGUAAGGAACUUGUCUGUCGGCCUUGCAUUAAAGAACAUAAUUGGUUAAGGAAAACUGUGAUAAAUAAAAAAGUAUAUCAGUUUCACUUAAGGACCAAAGGAUUGACAGCCGUCCCAUAUAGAUUGCAAAAUAGUUGGGAAGAGAUCUUUGACGUACCGAUCCCAUGGCAUAGUGUUUAUGAACUGACACGCAAAACAACACCGGAUUCAAAAAUUUGAAUCUUUCAAUUUAAAUUAUUAUAUAAAAUUCUUGCGACCAAUAGAAUGUUAUUUAUAUGGGGGAUACAAUCUUCCCAGCUCUGCAGAUUUUGCUGUGAAGAGACAGAAUCAUUAGAUCAUUUGUUUUGGUUCUGUCCAUUUGUAGCUUGUUUUUGGACACAGGUCCAGGAAUGGCUAAAGGAUUGCAAUAUUUACCUGGAACUAACCUUGCAAAUAGCAUUACUGGGUGAUCUGAAAAGUCAUAGUCAAUCAAUCAAUAAUAUAAUAAUACUUUUAGCAAAAAUGUUUAUUUUUAAUUCACAAUCUGUAGAAGCAAUGAGAAUAGAAAGGUUCAGAACUUUUGUAAAACAUCACAGUACGGUUGAAAUAUAUAUGGCAAAUAACCCCAUCCAUAUAGGAUUUCUAAGAGAUAGAUGGGAGGUAUUGAAUAGAGUUGAAGGAUGGGACUAAUAACAAAUAACAACAAAUAAUAACAAAGAUAGCUAAUAAUGUAAGCAUACUGUGUCCAUAGUAAGUAUAUAGGUUGUAUGUUGGGAGCUUUUGGGAAAGAGCACAGUUAGAAAGAUAUGGCAUAUAGAAGCAAACCGGAUGGACAUCAUGAAAAUGAUCGGAGAGGUUGAGAGUAGAAGAAGUUCAGGAGCAAAAUAUAUAUAUAUAUAUAUAUAUAUAUAUAUAAUAUAAUAUAAUAUAAUUAUUGUAAAAUUAACUCUGUCCAUAAGGUGUAGAUAGUAAGUAUAGACCGGAAGUAGAGGCCUGGGCAUUGUUGUUCAAUAAUUUACUCCAAGUAGGGAAAGGAUGGUGGGGUUGAAAAGUAAUAAAGGGGAGUAUAUAUAUAAAAAUAAAAUAAAACAUGGGGGAUUGGAAGUGAUGCAGACAAUUACAUUGAUAGAAGAUACAAUCUAUCUGCAAUAUUAAGCUGAUCCAUUCCCCCCGAAAAAAUAAAUAAAAAAUAAAUAAAAAUAACAUUAGCUAACUUCUUCUAAACAACCAGCAGGCCAACUCUUACAAACCACAUAAUUUUAAAUAGACGUGACUAGCGAGAUAGUUGUUGCAUAGGCUUUAUCCUUUUUUCUAACACCAGCUGUGGAUUGCUUGGCUUGCUAGCUAGCUUGCUUGUGUGCAGUGAGCUCGUAUUAGGGCUGUUGCGGUGACUGUAUUACAGCCACACCGGCGGUCACGAGUCAUGAAGGCAGUGAAAUUCCACAUGCGGUAAUUAGGUUUCUCCAAGCUCUAAUGCUGCUGCUGGUCAUUAGUAGCCUACAAAACUUGCUAACUGCCUGGUACUCAGCACUCUAUUGUCCCUCUAAUCACUCUGACAUCAAUGCAAAUGUAUUCAAAAAUCUAAUCAAACACUUAAUGAGAGCCCAUGAGCUUAUGUUGCGCAACAUUUCUAUAGGCUAUGCAAUUGUGCGAGAAAACAGAGUGAUGGCCUCUACUAAAAAGAGGAGGAUCCCAUCAGCUUUCUAUAGGCUAGGCCUACUAUAUUUAUUUCUCAACUUUCCUAAUAUUAAGCACAUUGCCUAUAUUUACAACAGGAGUAUAGCCUACCUGGCUGGCAUGAAAAUAAACCAUGGGGAAAAGCGUCCUCUAUUCGCUAUUUAAGUGCAUAGAUGACAUGUAUUUAUUUCCUGCUGCCCCUGUUUCGAUACAGGUGCAUGAUAAUGGUCCAUUCUAAAUCAAAACAAAUUUCACACAUAUAUUAUUUAGUAAAUGUAAAGACAAGAUUAAAUCAAGAAUAGUCUGAUGGGUGACAACAGUAGCCUAUCACUUGUGAAUUAUAUAUUAUCACUUGAGAAUGAUGCCCAGCAUAAGAAACAAUGCCUUUUGUUUUUGUUGAUUUUUUCGAAUCAUAGUCGCACACCUCAUGUUUUAAUAAGGUUUAUAUCACAACUGAAGUGGCCAAAUAUCUUCUUAAAAUGAAGCAUAUGAAUCCGCUUUACAAAGGGUGUAGAGCCUAACUGGCAUACAUAAGCAGCGCGUGAGUUUCAAGUUUGCACAUCUAUCAUUCCAGUGUUAAUACUAAUUGUAAUUAUUUUGCACUAUGGCCUAUUUAUUGCCUUAACUCCAUAACUUGCUACAUUUGCACACACUGUAUAUAUAUUUUCUGUUGUAUUUUUGACUAUGUUUUGUUUUACCCCAUAUGUAACUCUGUUGUUUUUAUCACACUGCUUUGCUUUAUCUUGGCCAGGUCGCAGUUGUAUUUGAGAACUUGUUCUCAACUGGCUUACCCGGUUAAAUAAAGGUGAAAUAAAAAUAUAAAAAAGUUUGGGGAAGAUAAUUUUCACCAUAGAAAUGCACCUUUUUAUAAUAAAAUUGCAUUUGCGGUCACUUUUGAUAAUGGUGUUUUCCGCUAAUGGAACUUUUGCGCUUAUAGCCUACUACCAUGUGCGCAUUUCUGCGCUUAUAAUGUGAAGAAAUAGCCUAAUAGUUUAUCAACAUCUUAAGCUAAACGUUCUGAUCUGUUGCGUCAGCCACAUUGCGUAAAAAAUGUUUUGUGAUGCUAGUGGUUAUAUUAAUUUGGGAUCUAUCGCAUCCCACAACUGUCCCAGACUAUGUUUGGAAUAUUUAUUUCUCGCACAGAAUAGAAUAGGUCAACUUUUGUACUAUGGGGGAUAGUAGAUUGACAUAGGCUAGUGCUUUUGCUGUUCGUUAGGCAUACUCAUCUUGUUGGCUGACGAAAUGUCUUCAAUAUGCACCUCGCUAUUGGAUAAGGAUGCGUGCAGUUGCGUCCCCGAUGUGUCUGUCUUCACUUGUAGCCUGUGAGAAAGACCCGAUCACGUGAUGGAGUGCGUAGCACUCAGGCAGAAGGGCACAAUGGCCAAUGGGCGCAAAAGGCAUGGAUUUUCUUUGGGUGCAUUACGACCACACAAAGGGGAUGCCGCCGUGAAAUUCUAGGCAUUAUCAAGUGCUUGUCAAAUUGUGAAUGAGUGACUGAUGUAGUGUGUACAGCCUGCGCAAAAAACAAAGCAGAGCUCAUGCCUUUCAACCAACUUUUUUCAAAUCAUCAUUAGAGUCGCAUCAUGCAGCCUUACAAUAUAUUAAAAAUCAAAACAUAUAGCCCAACGUUUGUAGAACAACUGAAGUUACAGUGGGGAAAAAAAGUAUUUAGUCAGCCACCAAUUGUGCAAGUUCUCCCACUUAAAAAGAUGAGGCCUGUAAUUUUCAUCAUAGGUACACGUCAACUAUGACAGACAAAAUGAGAAAAGAAAUUCCAGAAAAUCACAUUGAAGGAUUUUUAAUGAAUUUAUUUGCAAAUUAUGGUUGAAAAUAAGUAUUUGGUCAAUAACAAAAGUUUCUCAAUACUUUGUUAUAUACCCUUUGUUGGCAAUGACACAGGUCAAACGUUUUCUGUAAGUCUUCACAAGGUUUUCACACACAGUUGCUGGUAUUUUGGCCCAUUCCUCCAUGCAGAUCUCCUCUAGAGCAGUGAUGUUUUGGGGCUGUCGCUGGGCAACACGGACUUUCAACUCCCUCCAAAGAUUUUCUAUGGGGUUGAGAUCUGGAGACUGGCUAGGCCACUCCAGGACCUUGAAAUGCUUCUUACGAAGCCACUCCUUCGUUGCCCGGGCGGUGUGUUUGGGAUCAUUGUCAUGCUGAAAGACCCAGCCACGUUUCAUCUUCAAUGCCCUUGCUGAUGGAAGGAGGUUUUCACUCAGAAUCUCACGAUACAUGGCCCCAUUCAUUCUUUCCUUUACACGGAUCAGUCGUCCUGGUCCCUUUGCAGAAAAACAGCCCCAAAGCAUGAUGUUUCCACCCCCAUGCUUCACAGUAGGUAUGGUGUUCUUUGGAUGCAACUCAGCAUUCUUUGUCCUCCAAACACGACGAGUUGAGUUUUUACCAAAAAGUUCAAUUUUGGUUUCAUCUGACCAUAUGACAUUCUCCCAAUCCUCUUCUGGAUCAUCCAAAUGCACUCUAGCAAACUUCAGACGGGCCUGGACAUGUACUGGCUUAAGCAGGGGGACACGUCUGGCACUGCAGGAUUUGAGUCCCUGGCGGCGUAGUGUGUUACUGAUGGUAGGCUUUGUUACUUUGGUCCCAGCUCUCUACAGGUCAUUCACUAGGUCCCCCCGUGUGGUUCUGGGAUUUUUGCUCACCGUUCUUGUGAUAAUUUUGACCCCACGGGGUGAGAGCUUGCGUGGAGCCCCAGAUCGAGGGAGAUUAUCAGUGGUCUUGUAUGUCUUCCAUUUCCUAAUAAUUGCUCCCACAGUUGAUUUCUUCAAACCAAGCUGCUUACCUUUUGCAGAUUCAGUCUUCCCAGCCUGGUGCAGGUCUACAAUUUUGUUUCGUGUGUCCUUUGACAGCUCUUUGGUCUUGGCCAUAGUGGAGUUUGUAGUGUGACUGUUUGAGGUUGUGGACAGGUGUCUUUUAUACUGAUAACAAGUUCAAACAGGUGCCAUUAAUACAGGUAACGAGUGGAGGACAGAGGAGCCUCUUAAGGAAGAAGUUACAGGUCUGUGAGAGCCAGAAAUCUUGCUUGUUUGUAGGUGACCAAAUACUUAUUUUCCACCAUAAUUUGCAAAUAAAUUCAUUAAAAAUCCUACAAUGUGAUUUUCUGGAUUUUUUUUUCUCAAUUUGUCUGUCAUAGUUGACGUGUACCUAUGAUGAAAAUUACAGGCCUCUCAUCUUUUUAAGUGGGAGAACUUGCACAAUUGGUGGCUGACUAAAUACUUUUUUUCCCCACUGUACAUGAAUAACUCUAAAUUAAGAAUAUAGGCAUACCUAUUUCUUUGUUAACCGAUCAACACAGAAUAGCCGCAUGUGCGCACUCCCUCAAAUCGUUUGGAGAAAAUAUCCUUUCUAUUUUAUUCAGCUUUGUUCGGUUGAAUUCUUCAUACUAUAAAAUAAUGCCACGGAAUUCUAAGCAAAUUUUGUCUGCUAAAUGAACUAGUGUAGCCAACAGCCAUUUGGUAUAGCCAGAUAAGGACCUAACAUAAGGACAACUCAGAGUAUACUAUUCUGUUCUUCUGAAAUAGACUACAUUUUUUUAAUAUCAUGCUUCUUUAGACCUGUCUAAAAUAAAUAAUGGAUUUAUUGUGAAGGUGUAGGCUAUAGACGUCAACAACAUUAUUUGGGUAUAAGUUGACUGAGUAUGAACUUUUAAAAGUGAGAUUUUCACUGGCAGUUACUUUAAACUUCAAUUUAAGUCGAAUUUUCACUUCAUCUCCCAUUGACAUCAAUGAUGAAAGUGAAAAUAUGAUUUAAGCAGAAGAGGAUUUUGCCUCUCAGUGCUUACUGAGCGCACUCAAGGGCUUAGAGUUUAUACAAAGGUGCAAAGCCCCUAUUCAUUAUUAAAGUGGAGAGAAGGCAAGUUGGUUAUUUUGAUUUCUUUUUGACAGUUUCCCUCUGUCUCUGCAGGUGUUACCCAGACAGACAUGUGGCCUCUUCACUCACACUAUCUUCUAUAACGAGUACCCAGGUGGAUCCAAAGAGCUGGACAAGAGCAUCAGGGGAGGGGAGCUGUUCCUCACUGUCCUCCUCAACCCUGUGAGUUCUAGUUUGCUCUGGAGAUACUCUCCCUGUCAUUACUGGAGCUGCUACCUAUUUCAGGCCGCUGCUCUAUCUGGAAGAAUCUUAACUUGGGAAAUGGAAUUGUAACGAACAGACAGUGAAAAGUCUCACUUUCCUACUCACCUGUUGGAUGGUCCUCUAACCCCCCCCCCCCCCCCCCCCCCCCCCCCCCCCACAGAUCAGCAUCUUCAUGACCCACCUGUCUAACUAUGGGAAUGACCGGCUGGGCCUGUACACCUUUGAGUCCCUGGUGAAGUUUGUUCAGUGUUGGACCAACCUGCGGCUGCAGACCCUGCCCCCAAUGCAGCUGGCUGACAAAUACUUCCAGACCUUCCCUGAGGAGAGAGACCCCCUCUGGCAGGUUAGGGAACUGCAAUUAUCAAUUAUUAUUAUAGACAUGGUAAUGCAUUGGUUGUUAGUUACUGUUUCCUAUUUUAGUUUAAGUUUGGCCUAUCAUUUUAUUUGAGUUUGCAAUGAAAUUACUUACUGAUGAGCUAUAUAUAUUGGAGACCCUAAUCGAUCCCCUCUAUCUGUCCUCAGAACCCAUGUCAAGACAAGAGGCAUAAAGACAUCUGGUCGAAGGAAAAGACCUGUGAUAGACUACCCAGGUUCUUGGUCAUAGGCCCACAGAAAACAGGUGAGACCCUGUGGCCGGCCAUUCUCCUCCGACAUAACCUCUCUCGCUCUUCGCACACUCUCUCUUGGCCAGAAUGUGUAGCAUGAUGGCAUUUGUGGUGGUGAGUUUCAGUCUAACCAAAAGUGUAUUCAUAUGUGUUAUUUCAGGCACCACAGCCCUGCACUCGUUCCUGAGCCUCCACCCUGCCAUCACCAGUAGCUUCCCCAGUCCUGUCACCUUUGAGGAGAUCCAGUUCUUUAGCGGACCCAACUACGACAACGGCAUUGACUGGUAAGACAACAUUACUGCCCAUUCUUUAAACACUCUAAUGAAGCCUGUUGCCACCUCACCUCAACAUUGCCUCUGUGUAGUUCCGUCAUGCUUACUUGUAGUUUAGUCUUCCUCCAUAUUGCUCUCUUAUCUAGUUCUCUCAUAUCAGUGAGAACAAAUAACAGUAUGGUCUAUUUGGUCCUAGGUGGAAAGGGACAUGGCGCAGGAAGCCAUUCAAAGUUAUUGGGACAUUUUAUGUCAUAAGCUCUCCACUGGCCCUCGGUAAACCAAACUGCUCUCCCCCCUCCUCUUUUCAGGUACAUGGACUUCUACCCCUUCCCAUCGAAUGUCAGCACAGACUUCAUAUUUGAGAAAAGUGCCAAUUACUUUGACACGGAGGUGGCCCCUAAGAGAGCGGCGGCCCUGCUAUCCAGGGCCAAGAUCCUGGCUGUGCUCAUCAACCCAGCGGACCGCGCCUACUCCUGGUACCAGGUGGGUCUAUCGCACUACACUGAUCAGAUUUACCAAUGUUCAGGAUCAGCUCUAACUACCUCAGCCAUAAUAUGAACCAUUAGGGUCAUGAAAUAUAAACUGUUCCCAGACCAUUUUGACCGUUAAGUGACCACACAUGCUGAAGAUACUGCUGGAUGUAGAGUCAUCUGUUUUUAUUUUAGCUUCACCUGUGAGGUUUAUUUGCUUGUAGUUACUAUGUUACUUUAACAAGCAAGGUAGGUCAAUGUUAUCUUGUUACUUGAUCCCUCUGAAGCCUGACCUCUGAUAACCUUUGACUCAUGAUGGCUGACCUUUGACCUUUCCCCUGUGUGUGACCCUGCAGCACCAGCGGGCUCAUCAGGACCCAAUGGCCAUCAACCACACAUUCCAGGAGGUGGUGACAGCGGGGCCUGCCUCCCCCCGAGAGCUGCUCAUUCUGCAGAGACGCUGCCUUAAACCUGGGGCCUACGCCACACACCUGGAGCGCUGGCUACACCACUACCAGCCCAGCCAGGUAACACUUACUGGAAAUACACAUACACAUACACAUACUAUACGAGCACAGCUAGAUACUGAAAACUACAGGAGACACCCCCAGUCACCAAUUCAAAAUCUGAAAUAUGGCUUCACAGUAUUUUCCAUGCUUGAUCAUGGCAGUACCACCUGUGUGAAGGCCCGAAUGUGAGAGGUGUGAUUCCUGUUUCCAGGUGCACAUAGUGGACGGGUCCCAGCUGCGAUCCAACCCUGCCCUGGUUAUGGAGGGCAUCCAGAGGUUCCUGGGGGUCACACCCAUCUUCAACUACACCCAGGCUCUGACGUACGAUGAAAGUAAAGGGUUCUGGUGCCAGAGGGUGGAAGGUGGACGACCCAAGUGUCUGGGCAAGAGUAAAGGCAGGAAAUACCCUGACAUGACCCCUGAGGUACAGUGACAUCACACACGCAACAUUAUCCCCUGUUGCCAGCUUGCCAUGAUGCAUUUUGUUUAACUUCUGUCAUGUAGAUAUGUCUAAACAAGUGCCUCAUACAGUCCUUACCUGACUGUUCUCUGCUGCGUGUAUUACAGUCGCGUGCCUUCCUGACGGCGCAUUACCGGGAGCACAACAUGGAGCUGCUGAGGCUGCUGAACCGGCUGGGCCAGCCCCUGCCCGUCUGGCUGAGAGAGGAGCUGCAGAGCUCCAGCUGGAGCUGAGACUGGAACCACAGUCUGGAAUGGAGCACUGGCCCACCCGGCCUGGCCCGGGGGGAAGAGGGCCCUGUUCACCCACACCAACACCAGUCACUACAGAGGGUGAACGAGGUGAGAAGGCGGGGGGACAGCCCCCUAUCAGGACAAUGGACUCCGAAGCGCCACUGUAGCAACCAAACCUCAUGGGUGGAAUAAUGGCCUCUAAUAAGGGAGUUCAUGAGUUGGACUGCUGAAACAACCCUCGCUCUUUCACCUUGCAGUCGCACACAUUGUCUUCAUCCAGAAAGUAGAGGACUUGUCUAAGCCUGCAACCGGUUAGACUGACUGACGCCAGGGUCUGGUAGACUGAGAGGGGGGUCUAAUGUCAUCUCACCCCACUCUUUAACAAGAACUGACCUCACAGGAUAUCCUGUGGCCCUGUAGCGCAUGAAUGAGCCCGGCAACAUGCGUGUGGUCACAAGCUCACACACACACUUCUCAUUUCUUCAGAAGAAUGAUUGUAAAACAUUGUACAUUUUAAAUCUGUUGUAUAUUUUGGGUGGGUGGGUGUGGGGGGGAAAUGUGACAGAAUAGACAUUGACUAAACCAGACAGCGUACUGUAGUGCUCUGGACAGAGGCUUGUGCCGUAGGAUGGAUGUAGUGUAUUAAUCACAGGCCACAUCUCCUCCAGACUCUCUGUGCAUUCCACUACCCCAGAGCUGAGGCCAUUGGAGUACAUUCUGAUAAACAAGCUGUCUACUAUAGGCCCCACAAGUCUACAGAGAAACCACACACUUUAACGUGCACUUUCCCCAUCUCUCACAUAGGUACCCAGCCAGUUUAGAGCUGUGUAGAGAGAGGAGGAUGAGCUAGAGAGAGAGAAAAAGAGAGGGUAUAUGUCUCUGCCUGUGACUGUCCGUCUUAAUAGGAGCUGCUGUCUUGUUUUGUUUUCUGUUUAUUUUGUAAAAACUACAAAACAAAGACCAACGCUGUAUCAUCUCUAAUAAACUCAGAGAGGUUGGAAUGGA